UUUUUUUUAUUUUUUCUCGGCCGGAGAUAUGAUGGCUUCAUCAGGGUGAUAAAUGGCGCCACUAAGAUAUCUUGGCUGAUGUGUGGGGAGGGUAGAUAAUGAGAAGCUUGUGCUUGCAUGAGGAUGAACGUAGGUAAGAGAAAGUCUGGAGGGGCUGUGUAGGUGAGAGUGGCAGUGUUUUGAGUGUUCCAGCCAUUACUGUGGCAGCUCUGAUGCUUCAUUCCACUAUCUAUCCUGGAAGUGUGCGCAACUACUCUCCAUCUGUGGCGAAGUGCGCUUCGCGCGGUGCUAGCCGGGAACCACAGCAGACUCACACAUAAACACACAACACACACACAUAUACAUGCUCUCUGGAGUAAUAAAGUUGAUUUUAAGAAAGGUUCUGAUUAGAAGACAGAACUGGCAAAGUGGACACAGUGUCGGUGGUGUGACAGGUGCGAGAACAUCUGCGAACAGGUAGUUGUUAAUGACACACUUGUUGAAAAGUAGCAGCCAUGCGUUUACUUACAGUUAUAUUGCUUAUGAGUUUGGCGGGCGCUGUGGUGAGUGUCAACUUCAACAUCUUCAGGUGGCCCACUUUUAAUCGCCAAAGAAGUGGCGGUGGAGGUGGCUACGGGGGUGGUGGAGGAAGCUACGGAGGUGGAGGAUACGGAAGUGGAGGCUAUGGAGGUGGAGGGAGCUAUGGAGGUGGAGGUAAUAAGAAGGGCAACCCCUUGGAGGGGUUGCAGAAGCUUAAAACGCAAGCGUUCACCAGCCUCAGAAACCUGAAGGUGCCGAUCCUGGACGGUAUCCGCAACCUGAAGAAUCAAGUGCUCGGGCUCAAGGGUAAUUUAAUCAACAAAGCUGCCAACCUUUUCACUAAGGGCAAAGAUGGUGGUCAGUCCAGCUACAACCACCAUCCAGCCUCAAGCUACGGCGGUGGUGGUGGCCACGGCAGCCAUGGAGGUGGAGGUGGCCACGGUAACCACGGCGGAUACAUUAAGGUGUCCCAGAAGACUCCAUCCUCGGGAAAUAGUGCCCCACCUUCUCCAUCUCCAAGUUAUGGGGCCCCACCUUCUCCGUCUGCCAAUUACGGGGCCCCUCCUGCUUCGUCCUCCAGUUACGGGGCCCCUCCUGCUUCGUCUUCAAGUUACAGGGCCCCUCCUGCUCCGUCCUCCAAUUAUGGGUCUCCUCCUGCCCAGGCCCCCAGCUACAAUCCUCCUCCAGCUAGCACUAAGAUCUCUGCACCAACAUCUAGCUUGUACACUCUACCACCAACACCAUCCAGUGACAGCAGUGUACCGCGGUCACCGUCUUCCAGCGAGUACAGUGCACAGCAAUCAACAACUGGCGGUUUUGUUCCCCCUAAAAAAACCUUCAAGGGGUUUACAGCCUCAGUGGCGCCUCCAGUUAGCAGCUAUAGUACUCCUCAGGUAGGCUUAGGCCAGGUGACUCGGCAGCGGGCACCUGAUACAAGCUACCGUGCCCCUGCAACUGAUACUAGAGCUAGUAGUAGUACUAGUACUGAUCAUAGUCGGAGCCAGUCAUCUGCUGAUUCAUACAGUCAUUUUGAUCCACCGACGGGUCCACGAGGAUCAACAGACAGCAGUUACAAUGGGCAAGAACACAUUAAUGCUCCUCUGUCUGCGGCCAUGACGAUGGGGCAGCUUUUAAAUGAAGACGAAGUGUUGACAGGGAUUGGUGAGUCUCCCUGGCGACCAGUUACGGAGAACACAGCAGCGUAUGUCUCCGUCAACGCCCGUGACCCUUCUGGUACAGACGCCAUAACUCGGGACCUUGAUGGCACUUCUGAACACGAUUUGUUUAUCGACCUCGAUGACAAUUCCGCCAACGAUGUCCAGAAAUCGAAUGAUAUAUUCUUGACCGGGCCGAACACUAUAGAUGACGGUGACACCUACUUGAUCUCAGCCACGGAGGAUAACGAUGACUUCCUCCUAGUGGAUGAGGGAAGCCCUGACUUGGCAGCCAAAGCCCUAGCGAAGGUGGUAGAUACAGUAGAUCCAUUGGAAAACGACCCAGCAGGCCGGUCGUUCCCAGGAGGACGACUGCAGGAGAAUGUGCUCCCCGUGGGGCACACAGUGGACGGGCGGAGACCAAGCCGUGAGUCUGAGAUACAGCUCCGGCCGGGGCAGAAGUCCAACAUGAUGUUCGCGCCCCUUAUGGAGAAGCUUCAGCUUAAUAUUCUCACCACACUCAUACGUCGUGCCAAUUUGGAGGCCAUGCUCACCACCCAGGGAACAUUCACCAUCUUCGCUCCCAGUGAUGCUGCCUUCUCCCUGCUGCCUCACUCAGUGUUGCUCAGUUUACACAACAACACUGACAAGCUGAGAGAAGUAAUAUUGUUCCAUGUUGUACCUGGGCUUCACCUCCUCACAGACUUCUCCAACAACCACCUGUUCUUCUCCGCAUCUUCCAAGACGCGUCGACUCAGAGUCAACAUCUUCCUUAACGGUGGCGGCGUCAGUGAUCAGGUAGUAACAGUGAACGGUGCAGAGGUGAAGCUGGCGGACAUGCUGGCCAUUAAUGGAGUAAUUCAUGUAAUUGACCGUGUCCUCUACCCCAUGGCUGACCUCUCCAUUAUUGACCACCUCACUGCCUGCCACACCUUCACAGGAGCUAAUGUGGCAGUGACUGGCACUGGUGUGACGGAGGUGCUGGAACAAGAUGGACCUUUCACCGUUUUCAUCCCAACCACUGAUGCUUUUGCUGUCAUUGAUAAUGCUACUGUAUCGGCCUUCAUCCAGAACAUCACCUCAUUGCAGCAUGUGCUGAUGUACCACAUAGUGCCUGGUGCUUACUUCAGCCAAGGUCUGCGUGAUGGUAUGUGGCUGCCCACACUCGCCCAGGAGCAGGAGCUACAGGUUCGAGUCACCAGCGAUGGAUACACCCGUCGCUUAGCUGGGGUGGGUCACAUGGCCCAGGUCAUCAAGUCUGACAUCAUUGCCACCAACGGUGUCAUACAUGUUAUUGAUACAGUCUUGAGGCCAGAAAGAGAAACUCCAAUAUGUGACCACUUCUAGGAAUGUAUGAAUUCUCUAUAUAAUACAGUGGUACCCCGAGUUUCGUACAUAAUUCGUUCCAGAAGGCUGUUCGAGUGCCAUUACCGAACGAAUUUGUGCCCAUAAGGAAUGAUGUAAAUUAGAUUAGUUGGUUUGAGACCCCCAAAAAUACACUUACAAAAGCACUUACAAUGAUAAAUUUACAUAAUUGUUCGAGUUGGGAGCUGUACGAAACUCAGGGUACCACUGUACUACAAAGGUUAACUAGUGGAGUCUAAGGCUAAUGUGACCCUUCGUUAUUUAUGUCCAAUAUUUAUGUUAACACAAAAUAUUAAUGUGGAAUGAAAUCAUUCUUUACAAGCGGACCUGAAACAUUUUCAGUUUCCAUAAAAUUAGUUGUGGAGUGUAUGGCCAAUUACAACUUAUUUCAUUUAGCUCUUUUUGUUUAGUACUGCAGUAAUAAGCAGAACUACUGGGAGAACACAUGUAACCACAUGUGUUCUCAUGGAGUUAUAUAACUCUUUAGUCAGUCUUGCUACUGUAGAGUAUGUUGCAGUGUGCUGUGAGUGUACCAGAGUUGUAAAUACAGUAUAUAUAUUUGUAAAAUAGUCUUUAGGUACCAUUCAGAAUCCUACCUCUGUGUGCAUGGAUUUUUUUAAAACAAACUUUUGUACUGUAGUUUAAUAUUAAGAGGCAUUGCUAAUAUUUUAAUUAAAGAUACAAAAAUAUUUGGCAUACUGUAUUGUAAUAUUUAUCCUCACAGAUAAAAUGUGGUACAGUAUAUGCAAUUUUUUUGAUUAUACAUUAUUAUUAUAAUAAAAAAGAAGCACUAAACCAGAAGAGCUUAUGAUUAUACAGUAUUUUGGUAUCCCAUUUUUAAGUAAAAAUCUCCAGUAGAAUUUUUUUUUAAUCACAUAAUAUUUCCUGAUAUAUGUGAAUGGAGACGAAUGGUAUUUGGGACCUGACGAUCUGUUGGAGUGUGAGCAGGGUAAUAUUUAGUGAAGGGAUUCAGGGAAACCGGUUAUUUUUAUAUAGCCGGACUCGAGUCCUAGAAAUGGGAAGUACAAUGCCCGCACUCUAAAGGAGGGGUUUUGGGAUAUUAGCAGUUUGGAGGGAUAUGCUGUGUACGUAUCUUUAUAUGUAUAUGCUUCUAAACUCUUGUGUUCUGAGCACCUCUGCAAAAACAGUGAUUAUGUGCGAGUGAGGUGAAAGUGUUGAAUGAUGAUAAAAGUAUUUUCUUUUUGGGGAUUUUCUUUCUAUUUGGGUCACCCUGCCUCGGUGGGAGACGGCAGACUUGUUAAAAAAAAAAAAAAAAUAUGUACAGUUUUAUUAAUGUGGUUUAGAGUAGAAAAGCUCUUAUUGUAUAAUCACGCCACUUGGCUGUCUAUUUUAUAAAAAAAUUUCAACGUGUUUAAAUUAGGUAAGACAAUGAUGAUUGCAGACACUCGUGCUAACAUUAAUGUUGCAAAGUAAUUACAACAGUGUAUGAUAUGAAAAACUAAACCAAAGACACCUAACAAUGGCAGGGUUUAGUUAAGAAAGAUUUGGCCAGACCUUGAUGAAACUCAAAUUAAUGAAACACUGUCUUAUUGGACAGUGUUUCAUUUCAGUGUUUUUAUUGUCUAAUUCAGUGGUAUUCAUUGCGCGGCUUGCAAGCCACUAUUAAUAACAAGAUAUGCAGGCUAAUAUUUUUUUUUUUUAUUAUCACACCGGCCGAUUCCCACCAAGGCAGGGUGGCCCGAAAAAGAAAAACUUUCACCAUCAUUCACUCCAUCACUGUCUUGCCAGAAGGGUGCUUUACACUACAGUUUUUAAACUGCAACAUUAACACCCCUCCUUCAGAGUGCAGGCACUGUACUUCCCAUCUCCAGGACUCAAGUCCGGCCUGCCGGUUUCCCUGAAUCCCUUCAUAAAUGUUACUUUGCUCACACUCCAACAGCACGUCAAGUAUUAAAAACCAUUUGUCUCCAUUCACUCCUAUCAAACACGCUCACGCAUGCCUGCUGGAAGUCCAAGCCCCUCGCACACAAAACCUCCUUUACCCCCUCCCUCCAACCCUUCCUAGGCCGACCCCUACCCCGCCUUCCUUCCACUACAGACUGAUACACUCUUGAAGUCAUUCUGUUUCGCUCCAUUCUCUCUACAUGUCCGAACACCUCAACAACCCUUCCUCAGCCCUCUGGACAACAGUUUUGGUAAUCCCGCACCUCCUCCUAACUUCCAAACUACGAAUUCUCUGCAUUAUAUUCACACCACACAUUGCCCUCAGACAUGACAUCUCCACUGCCUCCAGCCUUCUCCUCGCUGCAACAUUCAUCACCCACGCUUCACACCCAUAUAAGAGCGUUGGUAAAACUAUACUCUCAUACAUUCCCCUCUUUGCCUCCAAGGACAAAGUUCUUUGUCUCCACAGACUCCUAAGUGCACCACUCACUCUUUUUCCCUCAUCAAUUCUAUGAUUCA